UCCUGCAACAUGUUUAAUAAAUCACUCAGUAUGAAGAGUCGUCUGAAGACUGACCAGUGCAUAUAUCAUGGGGCACUACGUUAUUCCUGUGAUGUGUGUAAAAAGUCGUUCAGCAAGAGAAAUGAUUUGAUGAGACAUCAACGUAUACAUAGUGGAGAGCGGCCAUAUUGCUGUGAUGUGUGUAAUAAAUCCUUUGGUGAGAGUAGUAGCCUGAAGAAACAUCAACGUAUACAUAGCGGAGAACGGCCACAUUCUUGUUAUGCGUGUAAUAAAUCCUUCAGCCAGAAGAGUGCUUUGAAGAGACAUCACAGCGUUAAUAUUGGAGAACAGCAAUAUUCUUGUGACUUGUGUAAUAAGUCGUUUCGUGAGAAGUGCAGUCUGAAGGUACAUCAUAGCAUACAUUGUACGGAACGGACAUAUUCAUGUGAUGUGUGUAAGAAAUCAUUCAGGGAGAGGAGAACUCUGAAGGUACAUCAGCGCAUUCAUACCGGGGAGCGGCCAUAUUCGUGUGAUGUGUGUACUAUGUCAUUCACUAAGAGCAAUCAUCUGAAGAACCAUCAACGCAUACAUAGUGGAGAGAGGCCAUAUUGCUGUGAUGUGUGUAACAAAUCAUUUAGCCACAAGAGUGACCUGAAGGUACAUAAACGCAUACAUAGCGGCGAGAAACCGUAUUCAUGUAAUGUGUGUAAUAGAUCAUUCACCACAAGGAGUAAUUUGAAGAUUCAUGUUCGUGUACAUAGUGGGGAACGCCCAUAUUCCUGUGAUGUGUGUAACAAGACAUUCGGUAGUAAGGGUGCUUUGGAGAAACAUCAGCGCAUUCAUAGUGGGGAACGCCCGUAUUCCUGUGAUGUGUGUAAGAAGUCAUUCAGUCAGAGCAGUAGUCUAAAGGUGCAUAAGCGCAUACACAGUGGGGAAUGCCUAUAUUCCUGCGAUGUGUGUAAAAAGUCAUUUAGUCAGGGGUGUUACCUGAAGAUACAUCAGCGCAUACAUAAUGGGUUGCGACCAUAUCCCUGUGAUGUCUGUGAUAAGUCAUUCAUUAGUAAGAGUCGUCUAAAGAAACAUCAACAGACACACAGAAAUGAGCAGUCAUGAAUAAUUGCAGUGCAAUGAGAGAAGAUACUUGCAAGAGACCUUCAUAAUGGACAUACAUGACUGGGCAAACACCUAUUUGGUGAAAUUUCAGAUUCACAUGGCUGUCUUCUUGGUUGUUGCCCCAUGCAUUCAGGUAGAAGUUUACCAGUGUUUCAGAGCAAGUAAGUGCUUAGAUUAUUCAAAGGAUAUUUUUAUAAACAUUACACACAAAAUUGUCCUGAUAUUGUUAAUAUUUUCAUUCAGAAAUUGUUUCAUGAUUAAGUAAUUUAUUAACUGUAUCCAUCUGUAAAAAAAUUAUUGCAUGAAGUGAAGGAUUGGUUUUAACAAACUCGGAUCCUGAUUUUCACAUCGUGUAAUUCAGUAUGUAAGAACACAUUGUGUAGUUUUAGAGUAACAUUUCACUAUUUGGACUGCACACUUCAUAUAUGAAAAAAAAAUUCCAAAGACUGUCUUCAUAUUGGUAAAAUGUCAACAUACACUUACAAACACAACAGAAUUUGUAAUAUACUAGAUAUUUUCUUGAGAAGCAA